CCAUCUCUGUUCUUUCCAUCUUCAAAAUACAAAAGAAAAUUAAAAAAGUAAAAUUAAUUAUCACUGCACAUUACCACAAACCCACCAAGAACCCUCGCUGCAUAAUUUUGGUAUAGAGAAUGGAAGGAUUGGUUUCAGCUAGGGUUUCUCUAAGGACUGCUCCUUCCCUCUACCUUAACCCCAACUUCUCAAUCAAACCUUCAACCAACCUCCUUACACUCAAUACUCGUUUCUCUGUUCCCUCAAUUAGAGCUCAACAGCCCGAUACGAAGGAGGGAUUGGCUAUGGUGGAGGAGGAGUCGAAUGUGCUUAAAGUGAAGGAAUGGGAAGUGGGUAUGCUUCAAAAUGAAGUGGCUGCUAGUCAAGGGAUUAGAAUUAGGAGAAGGCCGCCAACUGGUCCGCCUUUGCAUUAUGUUGGACCGUUUGAAUUUCGUAUACAGAAUGAGGGCAAUACACCUAGGAAUAUUCUUGAGGAAAUUAUUUGGCAUAAGCAUACUGAAGUUUCUCAAUUGAAAGAGAGAAGGCCUCUUUCAGUGCUGAAGAAUUCAUUAGACAAUGCUCCUCCUACUAGAGAUUUUAUCGGAGCUCUUAAGGCUGCUAAUCUUCGAAUUGGAUUUCCUGGUUUGAUUGCUGAAGUUAAGAAAGCUUCUCCGAGUAGAGGAAUUUUAAGAGAGGACUUUGAUCCUGUUGAAAUUGCCCAAGCUUAUGAGAAAGGUGGCGCUGCAUGUCUCAGUGUUUUGACUGAUGAAAAGUUUUUUAAGGGGAGCUUUGAAAACCUGGAGGCUAUAAGGAAUUCAGGAGUAAAGUGCCCACUAUUGUGCAAAGAGUUUGUCAUAGAUGCAUGGCAAAUCUACUAUGCCCGAACUAAAGGCGCAGAUGCCAUUCUUUUAAUUGCUGCUGUUUUGCCUGAUCUUGACAUCAAAUACAUGACAAAGAUAUGCAAAGUGCUUGGUUUGACAGCACUAAUCGAGGUGCACGAUGAAAGGGAAAUGGAUCGUGUUCUUGCAAUAGAGGGAGUUGAACUUAUUGGUAUCAACAACCGUAAUCUUGAAACAUUCGAGGUUGAUAUUAGUAACACGAGGAAGCUUCUUGAAGGAGAGCGUGGUCAACUUAUACAACAAAAAGGCAUAAUUGUUGUUGGGGAAUCUGGUCUAUUUACUCCUGAAGACAUUGCUUAUGUGCAUGAAGCUGGAGUGAAAGCUGUUUUGGUUGGAGAAUCAAUUGUGAAGCAAAGUGACCCUGGGAAGGGAAUAACGGGACUUUUUGGUAAAGAUAUUUCAUUGAGUUAAAAAGCCGUUAGCAUAUACAGCAGCUGCCAUAUUACGACUGGCAUAGAGGGAACUCAGGCACCAGUUUGUUCAUUUCUUCCUACAUUUUUCUGCGUCGGCCUCUCCUUCAUUUUUCUUAUUUAACAUUUGCUUUUCGAGAAUGUAUUUACAAGCUUUGUUGCAAGUAACAAGAUGCUAUUCCCCCACAGUUGUUGAAACUGAUGAAGUAUAUAAUAUUGAUAUGGAACUAGUAGUGGAAAUUUACAGAGGACUUUCUUGAGAA